UUUAUUUAUUUAUUUCAUUUUUAAUAUAGUUUUAUUUUUUAACACACACACUUUAAUAACUUGUUUAAUGAAAUGUAUGGGGUUGAUUGUUCUGAUGUAGUUUUAUGAUGCUUUUUUAUAUUGCUAUGAUGCAAUAUUGUUGUUACACAUUCAUGCCAAUAAAGCUAAUUUGAAUUGAAUUGACUCUAGCUCCUGGGCCUGAUCCUCUAACCUCAGCUGCUCUGCACAGAGCUCCCUCUGCUUGAUCCAGGAGAACAUCAGCUUCAGCAGCUGGUCAGCAGAGGCCUUGAUGAAGGUCUCUGUGUCCUCUGGAUCCUUUAACAUCAGCUGCCGUAGCAGGACAGCGGUGGCCAUGAUGGAGGUCUCUGUGUCCUCUGGAUCCUUUAACAUCAGCUGCUGUAGCAGGACAGCGGUGGCCAUGAUGGAGGUCUCUGUGUCCUCUGGAUCCUUUAACAUCAGCUGCCGUAGCAGGACAGCGGUGGCCAUGAUGGAGGUCUCUGUGUCCUCUGGAUCCUUUAACAUCAGCUGCUGUAGCAGGACAGCGGUGGCCAUGAUGGAGGUCUCUGUGUCCUCUGGAUCCUUUAACAUCAGCUGCUGUAGCAGGACAGCGGUGGCCAUGAUGGAGGUCUCUGUGUCCUCUGGAUCCUUUAACAUCAGCUGCUGUAGCAGGACAGCGGUGGCCAUGAUGGAGGUCUCUGUGUCCUCUGGAUCCUUUAACAUCAGCUGCUGUAGCAGGACAGCGGUGGCCAUGAUGGAGGUCUCUGUGUCCUCUGGAUCCUUUAACAUCAGCUGCUGUAGCAGGACAGCGGUGGCCAUGAUGGAGGUCUCUGUGUCCUCUGGAUCCUUUAACAUCAGCUGCUGUAGCAGGACAGCGGUGGCCAUGAUGGAGGUCUCUGUGUCCUCUGGAUCCUUUAACAUCAGCUGCUGUAGCAGGACAGCGGUGGCCAUGAUGGAGGUCUCUGUGUCCUCUGGAUCCUUUAACAUCAGCUGCUGUAGCAGGACAGCGGUGGCCAUGAUGGAGGUCUCUGUGUCCUCUGGAUCCUUUAACAUCAGCUGCUGUAGCAGGACAGCGGUGGCCAUGAUGGAGGUCUCUGUGUCCUCUGGAUCCUUUAACAUCAGCUGCUGUAGCAGGACAGCGGUGGCCAUGAUGGAGGUCUCUGUGUCCUCUGGAUCCUCAAACCACGGAGAAAUUCUGAAAGAAAGGAUAACUAAUUAUUUGGUACAACUAAUCCAUCUCCAUGACUACUGAGCAAUCUGCUGCUGAAGAUCAUGGGUGUGGCCUUUGGUGUGGGAGACCUGGGUUCAACUCCCACUGUAACACACCAGUGAGUCCCUAAGCAGGACACCUAACCCCUAGUUGCUUCAGAGACCUCUGACCUAUAGCAAUUGUAAAUCUCUUUGGAUAAAAGCGUCGGCUAAGAUGAAUAAAAAAAGACCAUAAAAUACAA